AUGGACUCUCACUACAGUACUCAGGUGCGCCAGGAAGAGGCGCAUGCGCUGCGUGCACAGCUUAGUGCCUUCGUGGAUCGUCACGAACAGCGACUCUUCGACGCGCAGCAACACCUGCGCCACCCGACCGAUGCCACGUACUGGAGUCGUCACCGCGAUGUCGUGACGGUGCAGCUGGCAGACACGCCGUAUCACACUUCAUUCGGCGCACAUCAUCAGCCUCGGCAGCGACAAGCGUACCAGCAGUCAUCGAUUGCAGACUUACUCGGAAGCUCAAUGGCAAACGCUGAUCCGCUUUUCUUCCGCUUUCUCGUCGCUCUUGUGAGUUUGAGUGCUGAGAUGCAGGCGCUGAGCGAUGAGGCGCGUCGCUGCUACGCACCUCCGCUGGCGCUGGUCGGCGACGACAACGAGAACUGCUACCAGCGCCGGUCGACAGACAGGGGGAAGGGACUUGGAAGUAGAGGCAACAACGGCGAUAUCCGACGUGGUGCGCACCCGGCGAUGAAUGCUGACGGUGACAGCGGUCCGUCAUCGUUGCAACACCGCCAGCAGCUCUUGAAGCAGCAGGAGCAGGAGGAAAUUCUUGACGAAGAGAAGCUGCUGCACUCCGCAGGGACGCUUCUGGCGCUGCUGCAAGACAUCUGGCUCUGGCGGCAGCGCGUGCAGGAGGUCGUGGCGCACGCACUCUUCCAACUGGCGAGCAUCUACCAUGACACGCGCUCCAGGGGAAGCAGAGGCGAGUCGCCGCCGCUCCUCGGUGUCCGACUGACAUCUUUCUGGGACAGCCUGAGCGACUUGCUUGGGGCAGUCCUCCUUGUCGAGGAGGUCCUUCACCAGAACCCCAGCAUCAGAGAUGGUUUGGAGAUAAUGCAGCGCAUUCUCGCGCAGCAGCAGCUGGACGCCAAGCGCGAUGACGUUGCUGGAAGCGACGAUGAUGGGGAACUGAUGCGCCUGCUGCUAGAGAAACUGCGAAUAGACCUGCUCGAUUGCAGCCUCCUCACCUCCGUGACCGCGCAGCGCUUUGACCAGCUUUUUGAUGCCUCGCUGGCCGCAUGUGAGCAGGGCGAGCGGAUACCGAUAGUCGCCGCGUCAAGCACGCAGCGUGAUGCCACACCUGCGAGGAGUGCAGCGACCCCAAAGCCACCGCCGUUUCGGGAAUAUACUGCCCUGUGUGAAGAGUUUAUUGCCGUCUUGACUGGGUGGUGCGACGACUUCGAGGCUACCCUCGCGUCACCUCGCGCGGUGGAGCACAAGUCGAGCCUUGCCGCUCUCUGCGGGCUAUGCUGCUUGCUGAAGGGGCUGUUCCUGAGCCCCCCACCGGCACGCGGCGAGCCCGCAACAGGCCCCACCCCAGCCGCGGCGGCAACAGCAAGCAAGCUCGUUACGGCGACGCUAGUGCAUGUCAGCAAGCGGAUCGUUGCCUGGCAGUCUAUAGUCCCAUUGCUACCGCUGCAAGGCCUCUAUGUGCUGUGCCCACUGCUGUGGUGGCGGCGCACCUUUCCUGCUGAGCUCUCCGCUGCCGUUGGUACCCUGAAGGACGGCGCUGGAGCGCUGGUCCACAGAACCGUUGUGGAGGCAUGCCAGAGCUCUGCCUCACAGUUCCUCUCCAACAUAUCGCAGUGGACACAGCAAGUGGAUCGCUGGACCGAGGUCGAGAUGCAGUCUGCCCUGCCCAUCGAUGCCCCCCUGUGUCGCUUGUUCAUCCAGAGGACAGUGCUGCUCAUUCAACAAGGAGUAGCUCUGUCGCGCACCGUUCAAGAUGGCGUACUACAGCUACUUCUACUCCAUCACCACGCGGAAUCAGCGCUGACGGUGUCGAUAGUGCACGGUGUGCUGCGAGGUGUUUUACUGAUGCAGCGCAUAGCGGACGCCUACCACAGCAAGAUGGGCAUCCUCGCCACUGCUCAGGCGGCGCUCGUGCAAUCAAUCGCGUAUGUCCUCGAGAAGCACCUCUACAACUUGUUCACCCGCACCUGCAGCUCCAGACCAGGCACCGCAGGGGUUCCGAUGGCGGUUGCGCAGGAGCAGCUGCUCACGCUGCAAGGCGCCUUGCAUGUGCUUCACAAGCCCUUCACAGCGGACACUUUGGCGUGCCUUGGGCUGCUGCUUGACGUGGCGCUAAAUCGCGAAGAGAUGCACCAAAGCAAAGCCUCAUCUAGGAUCACAAAGCAGGAGCGGGACGAUGCCUUCAUCGCGCUGGCACAGCUGAAGGCGAUGCUCACCUACCAGCAGACACUGCCUUGCAUCACGAGCUCCUCCUUUCUCUUCUUUCACCGCGAAACUCUGUACCCGCUCUUCCUCAGGUACUGCUACGAGGACACGCUGGUAGCCGUCUCCCUGCCACAGAUUGUGUCCGCCAUGGGCGACUGUCGCCUACUCAUCAUGUCCGCCCGGCAUGUGAGGAACCCAUCAGAGACGUUGCUGAGGGACUAUGUGGAGUUUGUACGAGACUGUGUCCAUCACGAGCUGGUGCAGCCCCUGUGCACCGAGAUUGAGAACCAGCUGCGGCUGCGCACGCACGACGCAGUGCUAGGUCAGCCAUACCGCGUGCUGCCGCUGUCAGCCGAUGCUGUCGAGCGCGAUCUGACCCGCUACACACUCCUGCAGCCAUUUCGAUUCUUCGAUGAGUGGAUGCACGUGGCGGCACAGAUCGAGCACUACCUCAGCACGCAGUUCUACAACCUGAACGCCCUCAUGCCAAACGACUGGAAAACGUACGAGGAGAUGCGCAGCCUCGCCCUUCGCAUUUAUCACCUGCGCAUCGCAGACAGCCACCUGCCAAGCUGCAUCCUGGACCAGGGUCUGGAUAUCCUUGUCAUCACAGAGAACAUCCAGCAGUUUGUCGUGUACUACACGUACAACCUGAAUGAGCAAGUUUUCAUUCAGCGCCCCUCCUUGACGCCGUCGAAGCAUCUGCACACCCUCAGCACGCGCCACAUCGCCAACUCGAUCCGCACACAUGGCAUCGGCGUUAUGAACACCGCUGUGAACCAUGUGUACAAGUAUCUCCUAAAGAAAAUGGUUGUUCUGUCGCACUUCCUGCACGACGAUUACGUCCGUUCGCACCUGCUGAAAGACGCGCGGGUGGUGCGGCAGCGCAAGGAGCAACAGCAGUCUGUCAAGUACCCUGUGGAGCAGGCGGAGCAGCUGAUCCGCGAGAUGGACCGCCUCGGUGUCUCGCACGACGGCGUGUCGUUCUUGGAGAAAGCUCGACAGCUGAUUAGUGAGAUGGGAAACGCUCUGGGGUUCAUGCGCAUGAUGCGCAGCGGCGGGCUGCGUGCUGUAGCGGAGGGAGCGCGCUUCGUACCGCUUCCGACGACGGCGGUGAGCAACGGUAGCGCGAAGGGGGCAUCCGCAGCGGUAGGUGUGUCCCUGAGCGCCUACAUGGUGCACGGGCCUCGCGCCUCGCGGCCGCUACGCAAAUCCGACGACAGCACAGACGACGAAGGGAGAGUGGAGGUGGGCACACAAGACGGGUCUGACGACGAAGACUGCGACACUAUGCAGCGCCGUCAACCGAAUCUUCGGCGCAGCACCGUCGACGCCGUCGCCAACCUCGACCGGGUAGUGCACAGCAUGCUCGAGCAGCUCUCCGACGGCUCUCAGUACUACCCCCUUCUCCUAGAUGCCAUUGGACGCCGACUGCGUCACUCAUUAGCGGAACGCUACGCUCACUUGCACCUGCUGUACCUCCUCGUACCCGCUCUGGCAAAUCUGCAGGUAGCCUACACCAUUCAGGAGAAGGAGAAACUGCUCAAGAAGCACAAGGAGGAAGGCGUCUUCUCCGACGAUGGCUUCGCGGUAGGGACGACGUUCUUGCUGGUUCUCUUUCGCGCUUAUGACCCAUUUGACGCCCUUCACUGGUUUGAGAACAAGAAGACCCAGUACCGGGGGAGGCUCGAGGCGGUGCAGGCGGCGCUCUCCGCCGCCACGGCGAGCGGCUCACCUGAGUUCGACAACUUCCACCUCACUUUCUCCACCUUGCAGACGCAUCUAAAGGAGUACACAGGGCUGGAGAACGCCUUCACCUCCAGCCGGCGCUUCUUCGACACUGCCUCGUCGUCUUCCUCUGCGUCCGAUCCCAGCCGUCGUCGGCACACACAGGAAGCGUCAAGGGAAGAGGACGAGGAAGAGAAUGGCAAGUAA